UGCUCCCAGGCCGGCCCCGCCCGCUCUGUGGCGGCCCCGCCCCCCGGCACGGCCCCGCCCCCAGGCGGAGCCAGCGCCCUAGCGCUAACGGGAGAGGCAGCGGAACCUCAGCGCGGGAGGCGGCCACCAGGCGGGAGCCCUAGAGGGCAGGAACUGGCCUGCUGCCCGGGCACCAACCACCCGUGCCUGCCAAUGCGACCCGGCCCCCGGAGAGCCAGGCCCACAUCACGCCCAUGUGGGCCGGUGGCGUGGGGAGCCCUCGGCGGGGCCCGGCCCCUGCGCCCACUGAUGACCUCUUCGCUCGGAAGCUGCGCCAGCCGGCCCGGCCCCCGCUGACACCGCACACCUUCGAGCCAAGACCAGCCCGGAGCCCGCUCCUGCGCAGCGGCAGCGAUGCCGGCGAGGCCCGGCCCCCCACACCGGCCAGCCCUCGCGCCCGGGCCCACAGCCACGAGGAGGCCAGCCGCCCUGCCGCGACCCCUACCCGGCUCUUCACUGACCCCCUGGCACUGCUGGGGCUCCCGGCCGAGGAGCCGGAGCCCGCCUUCCCGCCGGUGCCCGAGCCCCACUGGUUCGCCCACUAUGACGUGCAGAGUCUGCUCUUUGACUGGGUUCCGAGGCCGCGGGGGACGGGCGGCCACGCAGAGGCUGGCUCUGGGACUCCAGCCUCUGCUGAGGACCUGUCCGCCGGCUCGGACCUGCUGCUCGAAGCGCCUGGCUUCGUGAGUGAGCUCGGGGGUGAGGGUGAGCUGGGCCUGGGUGGACCGGCGUCCCCACCCGUGCCCCCUGCACUGCCCAACGCGGCCGUGUCCAUCCUGGAGGAGCCGCAGAACCGAACUUCGGCCUACAGCCUGGAGCACGCAGACCUGGGUGCUGGCUACUACCGCAAGUACUUCUACGGCAAAGAACACCAGAACUUCUUCGGACUGGACGAGGUGCUGGGCCCGGUGGCAGUGAGCCUGCGGCGGGAGGAGAAGGAAGGCAGCGGAGGAGGCACUCUGCACAGCUACCGCGUCAUCGUGCGGACCACACAGCUCCGGACCCUCCGCGGCACCAUCUCGGAGGAUGCGCUGCCGCCGGGGCCCCCGCGGGGUCUGUCCCCGAGGAAGCUUCUGGAGCACGUGGCGCCACGGCUGAGCCCAACCUGCCUGCGCUUGGGCUCAGCCUCACCGAAGGUGCCUCGCACGCUGCUCACACUGGACGAGCAAGUGCUGAGCUUCCAGCGCAAGGUGGGCAUCCUGUACUGCCGCGCCGGCCAGGGCUCGGAGGAGGAGAUGUACAACAACCAGGAGGCAGGACCGGCCUUCACGCAGUUCCUCACCCUGCUGGGCGACGUGGUGCGGCUCAAAGGCUUUGAGAGCUACAGGGCCCAGCUGGACACCAAAACGGAUUCCACAGGCACACACUCCCUGUAUACCACGUACCAGGACCACGAGAUCAUGUUCCACGUGUCCACGAUGCUGCCUUACACCCCCAAUAACCAGCAGCAGCUCCUUCGGAAACGCCACAUUGGCAACGACAUCGUGACCAUCGUGUUCCAGGAACCUGGCAGCAAGCCCUUCUGCCCCGCCACCAUCCGCUCGCACUUUCAGCACAUCUUCCUGGUGGUGCGGGCUCAUGCACCCUGCACGCCACACACCUCCUACAGGGUGGCCGUGAGCCGCACCCAGGACACCCCUGCCUUUGGGCCGUCUCUGCCCCAGGGCGGAGGCCCCUUCCCGGCCAACGCCGACUUCCGCGCCUUCCUGCUGGCCAAGGCGCUCAAUGGCGAGCAGGCAGCAGGCCACGCACGCCAGUUCCACGCCAUGGCCACGCGCACGCGUCAGCAGUACCUGCAGGACUUGGCCACCAACGAGGUGACCACUACGUCGCUGGACUCGGCCUCGCGCUUUGGCCUGCCCUCCCUGGGCGGGAGGCGAAGGGCGCCCCCUCGGGGCCCGGGCUCCGAGCUGCAGGCGGCGGGGGCGCUGGUGUGGGCCGUGCGCGCGGCGCCCGGAGCGCGGGGCGCCGCGGGGGCCGAGGCCCGUGGUCCCGACGACGCCGAGGUGCCCUGCCUGCUGGGCAUCUCCGCUGAGACGCUGGUGCUGGUGGCGCCGCGCGACGGCCGCGUGGUCUUCAACUGCGCCUGUCGCGACGUGCUGGCCUGGACCUUCUCCGAGCAGCGGCUCGACCUGUACCACGGCCGCGGGGAGGCGAUCACGCUGCGGUUCGACGGGCCCCCCGGCCAUGCCGUAGGCGAGGUGGUGGCGCGUCUGCAGCUGGUGAGCCGAGGCUGCGAGACCCUCGAGCUGGCGCUGCCCCGCGAAGGCCAAGGCCGCCUGGGCUUCGAGGUGGACGCCGAGGGAUUCAUCACGCACGUGGAGCGCUUCACGUUCGCGGAGACAACGGGGCUGAGGCCAGGGGCGCGCCUGCUGCGCGUGUGCGGCCAGCCGCUGCCCAGGCUGGGCCCGGAGGCCGCUGCCCAGCUGCUGCGCUCGGCGCCCAAGGUCUGCGUCACCGUCCUGCCCCCCGACGAGAGCGGCCGGCCCCGCAGGAGCUUUUCGGAGCUGUACACGCUGUCUCUGCAGGAGCCCAGCCGGCGGGGGGCCCCAGAGCCGGUGCAGGAUGAGGCCCCCGGGGCGGCGACCCUGCAGCCCACCACGCAGCAGUUGCUACAAGCGUGCCUGCUGGAGGGUGGCAGUUCCACGGGGCCUGGGGAUCUGGCUGAAGAGAGGACCGAGUUCCUGCACAGUCAGGACUCACUGUCACCCCGCAGCUCCCUGUCAGACGAGGCCCCGGUCCUUCCUAACACCACCCCGGACCUCCUCCUGGCCGCCACGGCCAAGCCGUCAGCACCCAGUGCUGGCCGGGAGACACCACCCACCCGGGUGAGCAAAAACAAGACUCGAGCCCAAAGGGCGGUGGUGGGCACAGUGGGGAGGGUGGACGUCACUGCAUCCGUACCCAUUAACACCCCUCAGGAUGGGCCAGGCAGCCCCAGUGGUUGUGAGGACAGGGGCGACCCGGCCCCAGAGCUGAGGGCCUCCUUCCUGCCACGAACCUUGUCUCUGAGGAACUCCAUCAGCAAAAUCAUGUCAGAGGCGGGCAGCGAGACCCUGGAAGACGAGUGGCAGUCCAUCUCAGAGAUCGCCUCCACCUGCAACACCAUCCUGGAGUCACUGUCCCGGGAGGAUGGUCCCUCUGUCCCCACAGGACAGCCCAUCCCAGAGAGCGGGGAUGCCAAGGGAACUCCGAAGCCUGAUGCUGAGCCAGAACCUGGGAACCUGUCGGAGAAGGUCUCUCGCCUGGAGUCCAUGCUCAGGAAGCUGCAGGAAGAUCUGCAGAAGGAGAAGGCAGACAAGGCGGCCCUGGAGGAGGAGGUGCGGAGCCUGCGUCACAACAACCGGAGGCUGCAGGCCGAAUCAGAGAGUGCAGCCACGCGCCUGCUCCUGGCCUCCAAGCAGCUGGGCUCACCUACUGCCGACCUGGACUGAGCCGUCUGGGCCAGCCUCAGCCUGGCUGUGGACCUGCUUGGAACUGCUCAGGUCCUUCAGGGUACCUGGGUCACAACGGGCCCGGGGCCCUCCUCAGGAACUCUCCCUGCGCACAGAGGCGCGUCUUAGCACUGCCCCCACUCCCCAGUCCAUUAUUUGGUGGUGAAGUUGCCCCUACCCCCCAUCCCUGUUUGUAAAUAUUCUGUGGAGAAGAGGGGACUUUGGGGAGUAAAGAAGCCACUACUA